UUCUCUCGCGUUCUGAGGGCUUUCAUGACUCCUCCUGCUUUCCGUAGUAAGACCGAAGGGGGCGGGACCGGCAUGGCGGCCAAGAUUCUGAAAUAUGCUGCGCUUCCUGCUGCUGUUGUUGCAGUGGGUUUGAGUUCAUUCAGGAUUUAUUCCAUAAAUGAGAAGAUAAACGAGAAGCUAAUAUCUCCAAGAGAGUUGUCUAUCUACUCUCCAGAUGGUCCUGCUGUGCGGUUUGUGGAGGAACAGCCUGGGGUAGUGCAGACGGGGCUGGGGGCCGUGAGGGUGGGCCUGCAGCCGUACGUCAGAGCAGUGCAGAACACCUUCACUUCAGUCAAAGUUGGAGUGAUAUCUGUUUACCAUGCAGGGCAAGACUCGUAUCAGUUCCUUCGAGAUCCACCUCCUGGCUUCCUGCCUAGAGUGGGUGUCAUCUGUGUGUCCGGAUUGGGUGGCCUGAUACUGGCACGCAAGGGCUCUCGUUUAAAGAAGAUUUUCUUUCCUCUUGGUCUGGCUACUGCUGGUACUGCAGUAUGUUACCCCACACAGACUGUUGGAGUCCUGAAGAUUACUGGUAAAAAGGUGUAUACUGUCAGUUCAUCUGUUGCUUCAAUGUUUAAAUCCAAACCAAAGGAAGAUGUCACCAUGCCUGUUGUUAGUGUGGAGUCUGCUGCCGCUGUAGCAAGCUCAGAUACAGAAGCACCCGCUAAAGCACUUUCUGAACUCCCACCUGAGUCUGAGCCGGCCGCUGCUGUUCCAGAUCAGGAUGUCACACCAGUAACACAAGUUGUCCCUUCAGUGGAUUUAGCCGCAGUAGCAGAUGUGUCAGGAGAUUCUGUAGAACCUCCUCCUGUUGUUGAUGUAGCAUCUGGAAUCGCUGCCCCACUCUCUGAAUCUGAAUCUCCCCCUGCACCUGCGCCUGUCCUAGAUGCACAAUCCACCCGUGUUCCCGAGCCAGCACCUUCUGCUGAAAUGGAUGUUACUCCUGUUGUGGAGUCUGAUCCUGAAAUAGUCCUAGAAGCUGCCCCUGCUGCUUCAGAACUUGAUGUUCCUGCACCUAAACUUGUUAUAGAGGAGGCCACGCCCUCAACUACACCUACUGUAGAGGAAACCACACCCCCUGAAGCUGCCAACUUAAUUACAGCAGACGAGGAACCCACUUCUGUUGGCCCGCCCCCUGCUGAAGAAGCCAUUCCUCUGACACCUCUCCCAGCUGAGGAGGCCCAGCCUUCAUCUGAACCUUCUGUAGAUGAGCCAGCCACAGUGAAGUCACGUUUUGUUCCUGACCCUUCUCUGCUUGACCACGGCCAGUCUAAUCCAGAGGACGCAGACAUGUACAGCACACGGAGCUGAAUGAGCGACAGAGAAAGAUGGAGCAUAUGAUGAAAUGUUUUAAUGUGCCAUGAUUCCAGCAGUGUUUGAUCACUUUGUGAUUAGGAUAUUUAGGUUUUACCAGUGAUGUGGAGGAAGGUAAUGCCACGUUUCUUUCUUUCUGUGCUGCCUCACACUUGUGAGAAUUUUCUUACCUCAGCAGGAAUAUCAAACACACACAAAGCCACAUUCUGUGUUAACACGUUAUCUACAUUUUGUUGACGCUAUGGAGGAAAACCCAGGGUAAUGGUACUUUAAUAAAAAGCCUGUGGUCCCUUAA